UGUUGGAGUGUCGUUGGGAGCUCCGCGCGAUCUCGCGGUGUGUCAAGUGCAGUGACGUGUAGAGGGUGCCGAAGUGGCGGGCUUCCUAGCCGCAGGUCGGGGGGCUCAUGCCCCCUUCCACCAGCACCACAUUGGUAAAAGUCAGUGUCCUGUGUUCCUAGAGUUAUCAGACUAGAUUUUUUGAAGUUUUGUAUUCGCGAACAUUGAAUGUGACAUAUAGCAUCAGUGAUGCCGACUUACGGAGGAAGAGGCGAAGCAGGCGGCGCGAUGGCGUGCGCCGGCUGCGAGAAGCCGAUACUGGACAAGUUCCUCCUGCACGUGCUGGAGCGAGCGUGGCACGCAGCGUGCGUGCGUUGCGCGGACUGCCGCGCGCCACUCGCGGACAAAUGCUAUUCCAGAGAUAACAAACUGUUCUGCCGGAAUGAUUUUUUCAGGCGUUACGGUACAAAAUGCAGCGGCUGCGGCCACGGUAUCUCGCCAUCUGACCUGGUCAGGAAAGCGCGGGAAAAAGUCUUCCACCUGAACUGUUUUACCUGCCUCGUCUGCAGAAAACAGCUGUCAACGGGCGAGGAACUCUAUGUGUUGGACGAUAACAAGUUUAUAUGUAAAGAGGAUUACCUCGCUGGAAAGGCGCCGACACAUUCGGACUCGCUCCUUGGCUCGGGGUCUGAUGAAGAAGAAGAGGAAGAGUCAAGAACAGCCAAUAACUCAAGUAGUCCAGCGCAUGCGACGCAUCCAGCGUUACAUUCUGACCUUUCGCACAAUGGGGAUACCAAACCUCAUGAAGAUUCGGAAGACCAGUUGUUCCUCUUCCCUUCCCAGGGUUCCCUCGACGGCGACCCAGAGACGCGGGACUCGCAAGCUGAGAACAAAUCACCAGACGACGGAAACGGCGGCUCCAAAAGACGGGGACCCCGCACCACGAUAAAGGCGAAACAGUUGGAAAUAUUGAAAUCAGCUUUCUCACAAACACCCAAACCCACGAGGCAUAUACGAGAGCAGCUGGCGAAGGAGACCGGAUUGCCCAUGAGGGUUAUACAGGUGUGGUUUCAAAAUAAGCGUUCAAAAGAGAGACGUUUAAAGCAACUAACAUCAAUGGGGAGAGGACCUUUCUUCGGUUCCUCACGCAAGAUGCGAGGGUUCCCCAUGAACCUGUCGCCGGGAGGUCUGGAAGAAGGGCCUCCGGGGUUCCCAUACUUCGCGACAGCAGAUGGCAAGUUCGAGUUUGGUUAUGGUCCGCCGUUCCACCAUGAUGCACCGUUCUUCCAUCCACCACCUUCGAUGCCGUUUAAUCAGCCAGGUCGUUUCGCAGGCGGAAUGGAGUCGCUGCCAGGCGGCGAAUUCCCCGAGCAAUUCCCGCCACCUGACCACCUGGUGCUGCCGCGGCCCUCAUCCCCCGAGUUCACGUUCGGCGACGCGCCCCCGCCCCUCCACCCCGAGGGCUUGGUGUGGUAGCUGAAGCCGGAGCCGCGUGACUACCACGACUGAUGCGGCUCGAUUGGCUAUACUGUGGACUGAUAUAACGUUACGUUACGAUCGAUGAAUAACGAAAACGAUACCGGUUUUCUUGUGUUAUCUGUGAACGUUUCGUUUCCCCGGGUUUAUGUUCUGUGCAUUUUUACGUUUACGCGCCUUCGUGAUUCGUGAAUGGACACUGUUUUUCAAGGGUACGAAUUGUGGUUACUCCAUUUUAAUGUUGUAAAUUAAAUAUCAUUAGCAUUUUAUGCACGUAACGUUUUGUGAUUAAAUUGUGAAUAGUGUACAGAAAUAAAAUUUUAUAAUAUAUCAUAAGAUAAAUCAAAUGCAUAAUUUAUUUAGUAGGUAUUAGAACGUGGUCGUUAUACAAAAUCAUUUUGGUUCCUAUUUUAAGAUAGUUUAUACGCAUUAUCUUUUGUGUAUUUAUUAAUUAUGUUUUAUUAGCAUAUUAGGUAAAUUGAAAUAGUAAGAAGUACAUAUUACGGGACAUACUACAAAGUAAUGAUUUAUAAAAACAAUUGAUUGUAAAUAUUCAUAAAUGUGCGUUACUAUCGAGUGUAUUAUCACAUCUUUUAAUAGAAAUUAUUUUGACAUUACAAUUUUGAACAUUUGACUUAAUUUUUAUUUAUUAAUUUUUCAACUUUUAAACAUUGCUUUUUUAAUGUAAUAAACAUUGAUUAUUUUUUAACAUUAUCACCUAUUUGUUUGACUGUAAAAAUGUAAGAUAUUUAUUAUUAUAGUGGUAUUUUCAUCGCAAUUCCAUAAUUAAGGGAUCAUUGUAUUUAAUAAUAAAGUACGUUUUCCAAGUGUACUGAAUCAAAAAUAAUGUAUUAUUUAAAUUAAGGUAUUAGUUACGUUAAAAAAGAUAUAGUCUUUUUGGAUUCAUUAAAUAAUAAAAAAACACC